CCACAUAUGUCAAAAAAUAACAUGCACUCAGCACUUUUUUUUGAAAAAAGAACCGCUUUCAGCCAUUUGCUACAGGAGAAAAAAAACGUGAAUUGGUUUUAAGAAAAGCUAUAAAUACUGAACCUUUUGCAACUAUACAUUUUAUCUUCAUCUUCAUCUUCUUCUCUAAACACAUAUUCAAAUGCGCUUCUUUUUAUUGUUGUCCAUCAUUGCUUCUAUUCUUGUUUUGUCUGCCAAUGCUGCUGCUGUGAUCAAAAAGAGAGCCUCUCCUAAUGUUCAAACCUGUAUUAAUAACAUCAACGAUGUCACUAACCAACUCAACACUUUGCAACCUACGAUUGAAAGCGGUGGUGUCAUUGAUGUCAACAGCAAAUACAAUGACCUGAAAAAUGCUCUGGACUCUGCUCAAAGCAACUGUUGUGCUAUCAACAGUGUUGUUUCUGAUGCUGAUGCUGAUGAAUUCUUGGCUGCUCUUGGUCAAGCUGCACCCAAGAUUCAAAGUGUCUUGUCUGCUAUUGCUACCAAGCAAGACAGCUACAAUUUUCUCACAAAGAUUGUAGUCCGUACUCAUAUCCACAACCUUGAUCAAACUACUAAUGAUUUAAAUACUUGUUUCAACAUCUUCACUCCCAGUAGUAAAGCCAGUAUUCUUCAAGGUUAUUACACAAAUAUGCAAACUGCCUUUAAAUCUACUGAAGCUGCUUAUGGCAUGUAAUAAUAUUUGUUUAUAUAUUUAUUUGAUCAAUAAACACGCAUUGAUUACAGAUCUAGAAA